GAAAAAACAGACAAACAUUGCUCAUUAGUCAUUGUCAGCCCUAAUACUAUUAUUUCUCCAUUUAUAGGACAUGGAUCCAGCUUGGUAUGUGGGUCAGGUCACCCGCGGCGAGGCAGAGAGCUGCCUGAGAAGAGUUAACAGGGAUGGGACGUUCCUUGUGCGAGACAGUUCAAAUCAAUCUUCAAACCAGCCCUACACGCUUGUGGUCCUGUACCAGGAUAAAGUUUACAACAUUCAGAUCCGCAGAAAUCCUGAUGGCUUUAUGCUAGGCACUGGUCUGAAAUCCUCAGAGACUUUUAAACAGGUCAGCGACAUUAUCAGCCAGCACAAACACAUGCCACUCCUUCUUAUUAAUGCUAAGAGCCGAGAAGCAAGCCAACAGAACCAGUGUGCUCUGAUUUAUCCAGCUGUAUAUUAAACCUUUAUUCUACAUGAGACUAACGUACAGUUAGUUUCAGCUAUUACAUUUCAUUUCAUUCAGGGGUUUUUUCUCAAACACCAUUCAUAACUGUCAAAAGGUCUGUAAAAAAAAUAUGACUCUGUACAACAUUAUUUUGAAUGCAUAGCUGCACAUUCCAUAGUACUGAAUACGUGUUCAUAUUAAAUGUUCAUAUUAAAAACAAAAUGAUAACUCAGUACUUUGUCAAUAUUAGGACCGUUUUCGUUAUUUCUCGACCUAAUCUCUUUGUCUUUUGUUUCAGUUGUU